GCAUCACGUGGUUUUUCUACAUGUGUAUACAGGGGUGCAGGAGCCUGCACAGCCGCAGCAUUCCUCAAGGAGUUUGUUGAGGUGAAGCGAUGGGCUCAUCUGGAUAUAGCUGGAGUGAUGGAAAGCCAUGGAGAGUGGCCUUUUCUUGACAAGGGAAUGUCAGGGAGACCCACCAGAACUAUAGUGCAAUUUCUACAGAACUCGGCAUAGUUUCUUCAGGUGUCUUAUAUUUGAUGUACAAAUUGUGUGACAGAAAGUUUGAAACCCAAACCAGUGCCUAUUAUAGUCCGCGCAUGCAUGGCCUACCACUGAACAAUUUUCGUUCAUGUGGCACCCAAUAUCACGUACUCUUUUAAUCGGAUA